GUUUUACUCCGUCAAGUUCUCUGUUAUUUCCUCUGACCUUCGUUCGUACGUCUCGUCUGCGUGUAUAUAUACACCUAUCCCCCUUCAUCCUGACCUUCUUUUUUUUUUUUUUUCUCGCUCUCUGUAAUUUUGCCAUUUUAUACGGUGUUUAUACCCUAUACGCCCGGCGUAUACGUACACUUGUUCCCUAAUUACGUACAUUUUCAUCGGUCCCCCGUGAAUUUUCUGUCUGGAUUUUUGCGUUUUCUCAUCUCGUUUUCCAACGAUUAUCGGUGUUUGAAAAAGGUUUUCUUUUUUUAAUCAGCAUUUUGCAAAUUUGUUCAUCCUAGCUGAGCUCGAAGGAAAAUCAGGUUAUUCAUUUAUCGGCAAAGCAGCUGUUUGGUAAAUUGAGUGCGAAAGACUGUAAGCCAAGUCGUGUUACUAUCUGACUUUUACUUGCUGACACUAUUAGCUCGGAUAUAAUGGAGGCAAACCAUACAUCCCCUGUUCUCACUGACCCGUCUCCCAUGAACAACACAAGAUUAGGAAUUCACUCUGCCAUGUUACCUUACUCUCAUAACGGCUCCUCAUUUUCUCCCCCACUCUUCCUUACUAUACCAAGGAGAAAGAAUGGAAUACUUGAUGACAUACGCUGCUCCAUGUUUGAUGCCAUGAAAUCAUCAUCUCCAACUCAUAAUAAUCUGACAAAUGAGACCAAUACAGAGUCGACUCUAAACGACGACGAUAUAGCUUACCGCAACUGGCUGUUCAAGUAUCCAUCGGCACUUGGGUCGUUCGAGCAAAUAGCAAACAAUGCAAAGGGAAAGAGGAUAGCGUUAUUCUUGGAUUAUGAUGGGACUUUAUCACCGAUAGUGGACAACCCUGAUAAUGCAUUCAUGUCUAAUGUGAUGCGUGCUGCUGUCAGCAAUGUGGCUAAGUAUUUCCCCACGGCUAUAAUUAGCGGAAGAAGCCGUGACAAGGUAUACGAGUUUGUAGGCCUAACUGAACUUUAUUAUGCUGGUAGUCAUGGAAUGGACAUCAUGGGUCCUGUUCGUCCUUCUAACAGUGACCAUAAAAACUGUAUUCGGUCCACUGACAAACAGGGCAAGGAAGUCAACUUAUUCCAGCCUGCUAGUGAAUUCUUACCCAUGAUUGACGAGGUUUUUGAAUCGCUCAUCGAAAUUACAAAAGAUAUAGCUGGUGCACACGUCGAGAACAACAAGUUUUGUGUUUCCGUUCACUAUCGUAAUGUGGAUGAGAAGAGUUGGUCAUUAGUUGGUCAGUUGGUGGAGGAAAUUCUUGCGAGGUAUCCUCGUUUGCGGUUGACUCAUGGUCGGAAGGUUUUAGAAGUCCGACCAGUCCUGAACUGGCACAAGGGUAAAGCUGUUGAAUUUCUACUUGAAUCGCUUGGUUUAAUGAACUGUGAUGAUGUUCUUCCCAUAUAUGCUGGAGAUGAUCGUACGGAUGAAGAUGCAUUCAAGUUCUUGAGAGAGGGUAAUCGAGGUUAUGGUAUUAUAGUGUCAUCUGUGCCCAAGGAAAGCAAUGCAUUUUACUCUCUCAGGGAUCCUUCUGAGGUGAUGGAUUUCCUCAAGACAUUGGUGACAUGGCAGAAGAAAAUUGCGCUAUUUUCGGGGGUUUGGGAGCUGAGGUGCCUAAUCGAGAGCUUCUUCGUGCAAUAA